AAGAAACAACAAUGAAAGCAAUUUAAGAUAACUACACAUGCAUGCAUGGGGUGCAAGCAUGAACAUUUCUAUUCACAUUACAGUAUCUAUAAAUGCAGCUAUCACCACUACGGACACACUUAUACAAUAUAGCGUGUGCAUGAGAAUAGCUAACUAUAUGGAAAAUUUACUAGCACUUAUUCUUCUGAGUCUCUUCGGAACAGUAACAAGUGAGUUCAUACUGACAGUCAACUUGGUCAACUACACCAACCCAACCGGACUGUGUGCUGAAUGUGCUGUUCCACUGAGUGAUGUAGCAAAUGCUGACCAGUUAGUACCAGUGUGCUGCGAUGAUCUACCACUCAGAAACACCACCUGUGACAACACAGGAGAGGAGAGAUGUGACACCAGGUUCCGUUGGAUCAUCAGACCAUUCGGUGCAUCACUAGAGACAAGACCCCCCAGUAUACCCAAUGCUGUCAACCCUCCCUACUUUUUUACCAACUGUAACAGUUUCCACAGCACUUGCCCAUUCAGUGAAAUGAACACAACAUUCGGUCAAGGUCCAACAGCACUACUGGGAGUAACAGAAAAUCCUCUACCUGUUUUUGGAACAGAUUUUAUUACGUGGACGGGACGGAUUCAGUUCUUCAUAGAAGCUGUGGAUACUGGACUCCCGAAUAUAAUAGACAGUCUGUUGAUUGACCUGGACAACCUCCAACUUGGAGCAGACUUCACAGAGGAGAUGACGUUCACUGGAUUCCACAACAUAUCUCACAUGACCAUGAGUUUCAGAGUCGAGUGCUCUCCUGGUUUCUGUGGACCUAACUGUACCACAACAAAUAUAACUGAUCCCAGAGUGGUCGAAUGUCGAGCUGAUGGUAGUCUAACUUGCUAUGACAAUUUUGACCCCACAACAAACUGCACUCAGUGUCUACCCAACAGAGAUUCCUCUACCAACUGCACUCAGUGUCUACCGAACAGAGAUCCCUCUACCAACUGCACCCAGUGUUUACCAGGCUGGGACAUCACCUCGGACUGUACUAGUUGCCUACCCAACAGAGACCCAGUCACCAACUGCUCCCUCUGCCUACAACCAGACAGGUUUACUGAUACAGACUGCAGUGUGUGUGCUCUACCAGGAGGGGACCCAGCAACACUCUGUCAAACAUGCCUUUCUCCCGGGAAAGACCCGAACAACAAUUGUACCUGUAAAGAUAACUACGAUGAAAGUACAGAUUGCUCCACUUGUGUGCCUGGUUGGGACAGUAACUAUGACUGCAGUGUGUGUCUCACUGGAAGGAACAUCUCCACCAACUGCACCACCUGUAUCCCUGGUUACUCGGGAGAAGACUGCCUACUAGAUCUAUCAGUGUCAUCUGCCACCUUUGGAGGCGUGAUCGGUGUGCUACUGUUUGUGAUACUCACACUAGUGAUGACCAUUGCCAUACUGGGGGUCUACAUCAAAACAAGAGGAAAAGAAAACACAGACACAGCGGACUUUGAGGUGGUAGAGAAUACAGGGUAUGGAGUGGGCACUCCUGACACGACUACAACCGCUGGCAUUGAGCUGGACCUAGGGUAUAGUAAUGUAGCAGCAUACCCUGGCAAACAGCCUGAGCAAAACGAAUACAAAAUUGAUGAAGAAUCUUCUGUUUAUUCCUACAUAUCUUAAAAACGACUGCAUAUAGUAACUGUAAUACGUUGUUUUUAUAAUGCUCUUUGAGGACACAUCAUGUGCAGUAAUUGAAACCAUGCAACCACGCACCUUAAUUACGAAUACAC